CUGGAAUUACAGAUGGGAGCCACCGCACCAGGCCUGUGGUUCUCUGCCACCCGGUGGAGAAGGCGGGAACAACCUCUCGGGCUAGCCUCUGCCUUUCCCGAACGCCUCACUACACUCACUGGAGAAGACCACGGCCCCAAGGGACCGCGACAGGUCCCAGGCGAGGUGCACCGAGUCGGCGAGCACUGCGUGGCACUGUGCGCACUGGAAAACAGCGCACCUCUCAGGCUGCAGCCAAGACGGCAGCUGCGAGACGGCGGCCGGCUCCUCAGCCCCCAGCCCUGCGGGGCCGAGCGGCGAGGACCCCUUCACCACCUGUGUAUCCCACUCCAUGGAGGUCGUAAAAGAAGCUUCGUCAAUCGCCCUCUCAGUGCCAUCACAAAAGUCACCCUGGGGCGGCGUUGCGCAAGGUGAGCGAUGCCACCGUGGCUGAGCCGCCAUCUUCUAUCAGCCGGAGCCUUCGUUUCGAAUACACGCCAGGCCCCGCCCCAAGCACAGCUCCUGCGUCCUCAUUGGACAUCGUGGGUAAUCCAAGCGCUGCAGUCCGAGUCCGCGCACUCGUUACCGGAACCGGCCUUGCAGGCCCUUCGGCGCCUGCGUAUUCGUGAAGUGUGAGAAAAGCGCGCGUCUGUUGGGACGGGAAAUCAGCCUUUCUAUUGGUCAGGGUUAGAAACCCCGCCUUUGAGGCAUUUUCAACCAAUGGAAGCGCGGCAUUCUUCAUUUAAACUGUCUAUAAAUUCCUGCUUAGGCAAAGUUAAGAGUGGUGCCAGGGAUUUGAACCUCGCUUACGAGGUUUGGUGCUCCAUCUUCUGAGUAUCGCCGGGAUUUUGAAUCGCGAUGAUCAUCCCCUCCCUAGAGGAGCUGGACUCCCUCAAGUACAGUGACCUGCAGAACUUAGCCAAGAGUCUGGGUCUCCGGGCCAACCUGCGGGCAGACAAGUUGUUAAAAGCCUUGAAAGGCCACAUUAAACAUGAGGCAAGAAAAGAAAAUGAGAAUCAGGAUGAAAGUCAAACUUCUGCAUCCUCUUGUGAUGAGACUGAGAUGCAGAUCAGCAACCAGGAACAAGCUGAGAGAGAGCCAACUGGCCAUGUCACCAAAACAAGGAGAAGGCGCAGGACUGUCCGUGUGGACCCUGACUCGCAGAAUCAUGAAAAGCGGGAAAACCAGGAUCUCAGAGCUACUGCAAAUGUUCCUUCUCCACCAGAUGAGCACCAAGGAGCUGAGAAUGCUGUUUCCUCAGGUAAACGUGGAAUAAAUGGCUGCCGCCCAGGCUGGAGUGCAAAGGUGCAAUCUCUGCUCACUACAACCCUAGACUUUAAGAAGCUUCAUGAAGCUCAUUUUAAGGAAAUGGAGUCCAUCGAUCAAUAUAUUGAGAGAAAAAAGAAACAUUUUGAAGAACACAAUUCCAUAAAUGAUCUGAAGCAGCAUCCCAUCAAUAAGGGAGGGGUCAGGACUCCAGUACCUCCAAGAGGAAGACUCUCUGUGGCUUCUACUCCCAUCGGCCAACGACACUCGCGAGGCCGGUCUUGUGGCCCUGCAAGUCAGAGUACCUUGGGUCUGAAGGGGUCACUCAAGCGCUCUGCUAUCUCUGCAGCUAAAACAGGUGUCAGGUUUUCAGCUGCUACUAAAGAUAAUGAGCAUAAGCGUUCACUAACCAAGACUCCAGCCAGAAAGUCUGCACGUGUGACCGUGUCUGGGGGCACCCCAAAAGUUAUUACCCCAUUCAAGUUGACAACUGAGGCAACGCAGACUCCAGUCUCCAAUAAGAAACCAGUGUUUGAUCUUAAAGCAAGUUUGUCUCGUCCCCUCAACUAUGAACCACACAAAGGAAAGCUAAAACCAUGGGGGCAAUCUAAAGAAAAUAAUUAUCUAAAUCAACAUAUCAACAGAAUUAACUUCUACAAGAAAACUUACAAACAACCUCAUCUCCAGACAAAGGAAGAGCAACGGAAGAAACGCGAGCAAGAACGAAAGGAGAAGAAAGCAAAGGUUUUGGGAAUGCGAAGGGGCCUCAUUUUGGCUGAAGAUUAAUAAUUUUUUAACAUCUUGUAAAUAUUCCUGUAUUCUGAAUAUUUUUCCUUUUGUAAAUUUUUUUUUUAUGUCUUCCCUACUUUAGUCACGAGAUCUUUUUCUGCUAACUGUUCAUAUUCUAUGUAGUGUCCAUGUAUGUAGUAUCCAUGGGUUCUUCAUGUGCUACAAUCUCUGAAAAGACAUUAUCACCUUAAAGCUCACAUUCUUUGGGAUAGUUUUUACUUAAGUCCCUAUACAAUUCAGGUGUCUGAGACACAUCCUAAAAUUCUGUUCCUAGAUUUUUAAUGUUGUUUCCCCUGCUGGUUCUAAUAUUAAUAGAACCACAGUCUUCUGCUAGCCUACAGCAUUUAUCUAAUGGCAGCUAGUUAUACAAGCUUCAGGAGAAUUUAAACAAUAACAAGAAUAGGGUAAGCUGGGAUAGAAAGGCCACCUCUUCAGUCUCUAUAGAAUAUAGUAACCUUUAUGAAACGGGGCCAUAUGAUUUGGUUAUGACAUCAAUAUUUUUCCUAGGUGAAAUUGUUUAGGCUUGUGCACCUUUGUUCAAAUAACCUCAUGUAAUUGCCAUCUGUCACUCACUCUAUUUGCAUAAAUAAAACUCCACAACUCAUUCUAACAUUGCUUACUUGAAAGCUACAUAGUCCUAUCGAAAUGUGAGGAUUAAUGCUUUAAUGCUUUUAGAGACAGGGUCUCACUAUGUUGCCCAGGCUGGUCUCAAACUCCACCAAAUAUACUUCUUAUUCAUUUUAUGGAAAAGACGAGGCUUUGCUUAGUAUCAUGUCCAUGUUUCCUUCACCUCAGUGGAGCUUCUGAGUUUUAUACUGCUCAAGAUUGUCAUUAAUAAAAUUUUUUCUCAUUGU